GUAUUCCAUUUUUAAGCUUCUCUGACAAAUCUAUCUAUCAAUGGCACGACCCAGAAGAAAUCCACAUUCCUUUCUUCUCACUCUUCUGAUUUUUGGGCUUUUUUGUGUGAAGAUUGAGACAAGUUAUGAAAGAGAUGACGAUCAAGAAGAGUAUAUAUCAGCAGUGGGAGAUCCAGGGAUGAGAAGAGAUGGACUGAGAGUGGCAAUAGAGGCUUGGAAUCAAUGCAAUGAGGUUGGUGAAGAAGUUCCAUUCAUGGGCAGUCCUAGAGCUGCUGAUUGCUUUGAUGUUUUUAAAGCUAAACCUCAAGCUACUACUACAGCACCACAAACUGAAGGGAAGGAAACCUUCUCCCUUUGCAAUUGCAUUCCACACAUACUAGUCCAUAGAGUUACAGAAAUAGACAACAAGCUUGGAGUGGGACAACCUUUCCCUGGAGGGCGACCAGAGGCAUUCACCGACAUCAACCUAUAUGCUGCCGAAAAAGAGCUCUAUUUAGGGUCUAAAUGUCAAGUUGAAGACAAACCCAAUCCAUGGCAAUUCUGGAUGAUCAUGCUCAAGAGUGGCAACAUGGACACUUAUGCAGCCAACUGCCCUAAAAAUGGUCACAGUGUUGGACCAUAUGGUCCUAAUAACCAUGAGUUCCCUUGCUUUGGCAAAGGGUGUAUGAACCAACCAUUGAUUUAUCAUGACUACACCACUUUACAAGGGCCUAAUAUAACUACACUCAAAGGAAGGUUCUUUGGGUCAUGGGACUUGGAUGCUGAUUUGAGGAAAGGUAUUGUAGAGGAAUUUUCUUAUUAUUCCGUGACUUGGGAGAAGGAACUUGGAAGAGGAAGUUGGGUUUUUCAUCAUGUCUUGAGGACCUCAACCAAGUAUCCAUGGUUGAUGCUUUACUUGAGGUCCGAUGCCACGGCUGGAUUCUCCGGUGGGUACCAUUACCAAACCCGAGGAAUGUCAAAAAUUAUUCCAGAAUCACCAAACUUCAAAGUGAGGUUCACCCUAAAUGUGAUAAAAGGAGGUGGUCCAAGAAGCCAAUUCUAUUUGAUGGACAUAGGGAGCUGUUGGAAGAAUAAUGGGCAGCCAUGUGAUGGUGAUGUAGCUUCAGAUGUAACCAGAUACAGCGAGAUGAUACUAAAUCCAGAGAUGCCUUCGUGGUGCCGAGCAGACAACCCUAGACUCUGCCCGCCUUACCAUACAUUCCCAAACGGUGUUCAUGUUCAUCGCAGUGACAUAGCCAACUUCCCUUACGAGGCAUAUCACUUGUACUGUUCCCCUGGAAAUGGAGAGCACAUUGAGGAGCCAAAUAUUUUGUGUGAUCCAUUUAGCAAUCCUCAGCCUCAGGAAAUCUUGCAAAUUGUGCCUCACAAAGUUUGGGGUGAUUAUGGGUACCCUACAGAGAAAGGGCAGGGUUGGAUUGGGGACCCCAGGACAUGGGAGCUUGAUGUGGGGAGACUUUCUCAAUCUCUUUACUUUUACCAGGAUCCAGGGACUCCACAGGCUAGAAGGCAAUGGACAUCAGUCGAUUUGGGAGCUGAAAUAUAUGUAGAUCCUGAUCAAGUUGCAGAAUGGACUGUUAGUGAUUUUGAUAUUCUCAUACCCAAGCAACAAUAGCAUCUGAAGAUAUAUUCAAAAGGAUUGAUUCAAGAAGAAUUUUGGCUUCUCAUCUGAAGAUAUACAUGGAAUCAAUCGAUUGAGCAAAACUUGCAGCAUUUCUUUUUUUUUUUUUUUUUUGGUAAAUUUUUACUAAGAUUUCAAAAAUGUAGAACCAUGAUAGAAAUCUGUUGUGAAUAAAAUUUUAUUUAUUUUUCAAAGAAAAUGAAGUAAAUGUUGGUUUGUUCAUCCUGUCCUAAACACAUUUUUCUUCAUCCAUUGUUCUGUUGUUUCUCAUGUUGGCAAUCCAUUGAUCCGCCAUUCGCUGCUACAGA